AUGGUAGCGCAAUGGACUCAGUCAUUCGUCGUUUGGGCUUCAAUUUUUCUCAAAGUCCAUGCAACCGCUCAGGCCAACCUUUCGACGCUCCCUGAAACCCUACAGAUGAUUUCUGCCAAUAUCUGGCCAGAUAUCCAGGAUAUCGGCCACGCCAUAUACGCAAACCCAGAGACGGCGCUGGAAGAGUAUUUUGCGGCCACAUAUGGCUUCGAAACGUCGCUGAAACUCACAUUUGAAAAUAUUCCAGCUGGAUACGGGGCCGAUGUCCCCACCUUAGCAUUUCUGCUGGAGUACGACGCUCUUCCAGGGAUAAAGCACGCAUGCGGGCAUAACCUCAUUGCUACCGUCGGGCUUGCCGCAGCUACCAUGACUCGCGAGGCUUUACUAUAUUAUGGCAUUCCUGCACGAAUCGUCGUUUACGGCUGCUUCGAUGAGGAAGACACAGCCGGCAAGCGUCUUCUGCUCAACGCCGGGGCGUUCGACGACGAGAAUGCCGUCUUUAUGAUGGCACAUCCGGCGUCUACUAUCAGCGCUGUCCAGCCCAUGCAAGCUCGGAUAGAUGCCAAGGUUGAGCUCAGUGGUAGCACCCACUUUGAAGUAGUCGGGAAAACUUACCAGGAGCUGGUCAUCAUUCGCGACUUGACAAGCAGCCUUCCUGGUCAUUCUACGACGGCUUCUAGCAUCGAAGAAAUCGGCAUGUACGCUAUAAAUGUCAUCCAGACAGAGAUCGAGCUUGGGGUUACCAAUGCUACUUUAGAGGAAAUUGACAAUGUCGUUGCCGCUGUUAGGGACGGCGACGACGCAUUUGUCAACCAAACGUAUACCCUCGCUGAGGAUGAGAACGGUGUAGCGAUCACGUUCACAGGUCCUGGAGGACACGCUUCAGAGGCAACCGAAGGUCCUCUAACGCUGUCUGUUGAAACAUACCGCGCGCUCGAAGCAUCGAACUCAACCCAUUCAUACUACCUCCCGUCUAACACUUCCCAUACCCAGCUCGGAAUAACCGUCUCCAUCCGUACUCGAUACACCAUCGAGCUCGAGGAAGGUCUUCCCGACUCUGUCACAUAUGACAUCCCAUAUCCGGCGCUGGAAGUCCACGAAGAACUGGGGCAAUAUUUCAUAGACCUGAUGGCAACGCCAGAAUUCGACGAUAACUCUUGGGCGUUCUCUAGCGUCGCUCCGGCUGCAACGGAUGCGUCCUUCGUUCAAGAUCCCACGAUCAACGAAACUUCGUACGAACUGCUCAGCACCAGCCGCGUCGUUUUCCAUCCUAAUUAUGCAAUUUGUGACACGUCGACCGUUGCCAACUGUCCCUAUAACCACGAGCCCGAGUACAACGAUAUUGCCGACUCGGAUUAUGCGUAUGUGCAGACUGAGAAGGUGGCGAGGGCGUUAGCCCAUACUGCAGUACAGCUCGCCAAUGACAAGGAUUUUUUCGAUUCGGUAAGAUCGAUUAUUGAGUAA